UUGACAGCAGGUUCCACACAGAAGAGCCGAAGGGGUGACUCGCAUUGUGUUGUUUCUUCGCAAGAUUUCGCUGCCCCAUAUCACCGUGUCCGAGAUAAAUCCUACAAAGCGAACACGAAUCUUCCACCCCCACUCCCUGCCAGCAGCGUACCCGCGGAGCCAUGGCUUCGGACCUGGACCAGUGGAUUGAAAUUGUGAAGCAGUGCAAGUACCUGCCGGAAAAUGAUCUCAAGAAGCUGUGCGACAUCGUCUGCGAGCUGCUGAUCGAGGAAUCGAACGUGCAGCCCGUCAGCACACCCGUCACCGUUUGCGGCGAUAUCCAUGGACAGUUUUACGAUUUGGAGGAGUUGUUCCGCACCGGUGGCCAAGUGCCGGACACGAACUACAUCUUUAUGGGAGACUUUGUGGAUCGGGGAUACUACAGUCUGGAAACGUUCACGCGCUUGCUUACGCUAAAGGCACGGUACCCGAACAAAAUCACGCUGCUGCGAGGAAACCACGAGUCGCGCCAAAUCACCAAAGUGUACGGAUUUUACGAUGAAUGUUACACGAAGUACGGUAACGCUAGUCCGUGGAAGUAUUGCUGUAGGGUGUUUGACCUUCUAACAAUUGCCGCGAUUAUUGAAGAACAAGUUCUUUGCGUUCACGGUGGCCUUAGUCCGGAAAUCAAAACGCUCGAUCAAAUUCGAACCAUUAACCGUGACCAGGAGAUACCGCACAAGGGCGCAUUUUGUGAUCUGGUUUGGUCGGAUCCGGACGACAUCGACACGUGGGCGGAGAGUCCGCGCGGAGCCGGCUGGCUGUUCGGGUCGGCGGUGACGCGCGACUUUAUGGAGAUCAACAUGCUGAAGAUGAUCUGCCGGGCGCAUCAGCUAGUACACGAGGGUAUUAACUACCAGUUCGACCGAAAGCUGGUGACGGUCUGGUCGGCACCGAACUACUGCUACCGCUGUGGCAACGUCGCCUCGAUACUAGAGUUUAAAGAGAAUGACAUUGAUGAUCCAAAGGUGAAAAUAUUCAAAGCCGUCCCGAACGAAGAACGCGUCAUACCAAGCCAGCGCAUUACGCCUUAUUUCCUGUGAACCGAGCUAUGCUACUGACGGGAUGCAGGCCGGAACCUUCGGCGCUACGUUGUUUUCAUGCCGAGCCGCAGAUCGACGCAUUACUGCUCUACAGUUAUUGAACGUAUUUUUGCACAAUAAAAACUAUCAAACUUCCUAGAAGCAAAGUGAAAAACACUGCCCCAGA